AUGGCUAAUUUGUUGCCUUUCCGCGAUAUCAAUGUCCACGCUUCCACUUCCCAUUAUGCCUUCACCUCUCCCUCAACCCCUUCCGCCCCUACACUUGUGGUUGAGCGUCCCUCCGGAGACAUCAGACUCAACGAUGGCUCCUUGCUGGGAGCCAAGCGUGUCUCCAGUAUUGCUGGUAUCUUAGGCAUACUCAAAUUGAAACUCGAUAAAUAUGUCAUCGUCAUCACAAAAGCUCAACCCAUGGGCAGACUGCGUGGACAUAUGCUUUACAAGGUCGUCGCUACAGAAUUCCUUCCUCUGCGAGAACGACCUGUCCACGACCCGGACGAAGACACGUAUCUGUCCUAUGUCAAAGCUCUCCUAGCCAAGGGACCCAUGUACUUUUCCUAUUCUAUUGAUAUCACUUCCAGCUUCCAGCGUCAGUCCCGUGCAAACCCAUCCGAUCCCUUGUGGAAAAGAGCCGACGACCGCUUCUUCUGGAACCGUUUCAUCCAAACCGAUUUGAUUGACUUUCGUUCUGGGUGGGGGGCACCGGGUACUGUCAAGGGCCACCAGCAACCUGGUGCAGAUCCCUAUAUUCUUCCUGUCAUGUUUGGCAUGCUCCGUAUCACUCCUGCCAAGGUCAAAUCUACGUCUUUUACCUUCGCUCUCAUCUCACGGAGAUCCAGGUUUCGGGCGGGCACAAGGUAUCUGUCGCGUGGGAUAGAUGAAAAGGGCAAUGUGUCAAACUUCAAUGAAACUGAGCAGAUUGCCCUCCUCAAUGACGUCUCCGGUCAGCCUGUUGGUUUUGCUGGGUCCCAAGGCCUGCAAAAUGGCAAAGCGGGUGCCAACCCUUCCGAGACCCAGGUCUUAUCUUAUCUGCAGACUCGGGGCAGUGUUCCCGUGUAUUGGGCCGAAAUCAACGACCUGCAUUACACUCCCAAGCUACAAAUUCGAGGGGUCGAGACAGCUGUAGAGGCCGCCCGACGACAUUUCGACGAGCAAAUCAGAGUAUACGGCGAGAACUAUCUAGUCAAUCUAGUAAACCAACGGGGACGAGAAGAACGUGUCAAAAAGGCCUAUGAGCAAGUGGUCCGGAUUCUCGUCAGCUCGCCUGACGAAGUAGUUGAGGCCGAUCGACGUACGGACGAGAAGCUCCGCGAGAUCAGCACCGACCAUCCCCGCCAGAAAAUGGAUAGGCUACACUACGUUUACUUCGACUUCCACAAUGAGACCAAGGGUCUGAAGUGGCACCGUGCUGAGCUUCUUCUCGACGAGCUUAUUGAUGGUCUCAGGAAUGGUCAGUAUUUCCGUGGUGUAGAAAACCCGGGUGACCCAUCUGGAGCCUUGGAGGUCAGAACACAGCAGUCGGCCGUUGUCCGCACGAAUUGUAUGGACUGUCUCGACCGUACCAACGUCGUGCAAAGCAUGCUGGGCAGGUGGGCGCUGACCCAACAAUUCCAGGAUAUCGGCAUUCUACAGCCUGGUGAGAGAGCUAGCGACGAUCAGGCAUUUGAAACCUUAUUCCGCAACAUCUGGGCUGACAACGCUGACGUUGUCUCCAACUCUUACUCUGGUACUGGCGCUCUAAAGACCGAUUUUACUCGCACUGGGAAACGUACCAAAGCUGGCAUGCUCCAAGACUUCAACAACUCCUGUACUCGAUAUGUUCGCAACAACUUCCUUGACGGCCCAAGGCAAGAUGGGUUCGACUUAUUCUUGGGAACAUAUUUGCCGUCCACGUACGGUGCUGGCUCAUCACUGCAAUUCAUAGAUCGGAGACCACUCAUCGUUCAAGCCGUUCCUUAUGUUUUGGCUGCCUCCAUCUUUAUUGUCAUGAUUUCCAUUCUGACUCGUCGCCCGCCGGACUCGGCAGUUUGGCCACUUCGACUUUUUACCCUGUUGUGUCUUAUCAUCGCAGGAUGGUCCUUCCAAUUCAUCUACGGACAUGGCCUUCUCUAUGUCAAUUGGCCAAAGCUCAACCCACCAUCUUUCACUUUAGAAGGGUACACAGAUGCCCUCGCACGUGCUAAUAGGGAUCCAGUGGUCGGCCCGUUGAUCGCGACAACCAGUGGCAAGGAUAGGCGGGCUCGGAAUAUCAGCACUGCAAACAUGGGAUAUAUGGAGGAAGGCAAGAAGCGAAUAGAAUAA